AGUGAGGAGUUUGAAAGGAUUAGCAACAUGUCAUAUCAAGAGUUUAAAGAAGAGCAAGCAAUGAAUUCAUUUGGAUCAGUUAAAGAGAAACCAUAUUAUACAGGUGACUAUUCACGUUUAUCAUUCAUCGAUAAAAUUAGAGUAAAUGUUAAAGCAGGUGAUGGUGGUGAUGGUGGAAUCAGUUUUUAUAGAGCCAAAUAUAUCCCAGAAGGUCCUCCAGAUGGUGGUAAUGGUGGUAAUGGAGCAAAUGUAAUUAUUAGAGCAGAUUUAGACAAUAAUAAUCUUUCACAUUUAAAAAAGAAUUAUGUUGGUAAACAUGGUGGCAAGGGUCUAGGUGAAAGAAGGGCAGGUGGAACUGGCGAAGAUAUUGUUUUACGUGUACCAGUUGGAACUGUAAUCAGAGAGCUUUAUAAACCAGAAGAUGCAGCAGAGCACGAUGAUGAAACUAUUAUUUCAAAAAAAGACCCAAGAUACGAUCCAGAAAGCCCAGAGUUUGAACCAAAUCUUUAUUUGAAAGCUUUAAGUAGUCCAUUGGUUGAUGGUAAGAUUAAUGAUGAAACAAACGUUAUUGACCAUUUGGGUGGUAAGGGUUCAAGUGAAAGUUCAUUAAAACUUCGUGACACCAGUAAAAUAUGGCAGGUUAGCAAAGAAAUUGAUAUGGAUGAACCAGGUAAAGAAUUGGUAAUUUGUAAAGGUGGUCAUGGUGGUAAAGGUAAUGCAAAUUUUUCAAGUGGUUCAAAUAGAAGUCCAGAUUACUCAGAGCCAGGUACAAAAGGUGAAAUUAAAUAUAUAGAGUUAGAAUUAAAAAUUAUUGCAGAUUUUGGUUUAGUAGGUUUCCCAAAUGCUGGUAAAAGUACAUUGCUUUCAGUUAUAUCAAAUGCAAUUCCAAAUAUAAAAUCAUAUGCUUUUACAACAAUGAAUCCAUAUGUUGGUACAAUUGAUUUUAUAGGUAGUAAUAAUAUUAAUAAUAAUAGUAAUAAUAAUAAUAAUAAUAAUAUCAGUUUAUCAAGAAGAAGAAGAAAGCAAAAACUUGAACCAACUAUUGAUGUAGCAUCAAUCGCAGAUUUACCAGGUAUUUUAGAAGGUGCACAUUUAAAUUUAGGUUUAGGUUUAGGAUUUUUAAGACAUAUUGAAAGAACCAAAGCUAUUGUUUAUGUUAUUGAUAUGUCAAAUAGUAAUGUUCCAGCAUUUUGGGAUGGAAAAAAAUUAAAGGUCAAACCAAACCGUUAUUCUCAUCUUACAGAUAAAGAAGAUAUCACUAAACAAAGAAGACAAAUUAAAACUAAAGUUAAAGAUGAAACAUACAGAGCACCAUGGAAAGAUUUUAAAGCCCUUUUAGAGGAGUUAGAAAGUUAUAAACCAGGUUUAACCAAAAAACCAUCUGUUAUCGUUGCAAAUAAAAUGGAUGGUACCUUUGCCAAAGAACAUUUAGCAGAUUUCGAAAAAGCAAUUAAAUCAUUGGGUGAUUUCAAAAUUGUACCAAUUAUCGCAAAAGAUGGUGAAAAUAUAAAUGGUGUAAAGGAUCAAUUAAAAGAAAUUUUAAAAGAUUUA